AAUCAGUUUAGAGCUUUUUCCUUACCAAUUGAUGAACGCAUUAUUCGUCCUGAGCAGACGACGCACCUUUUUUCCAUUUCUGAACCUCCACAACAGCAUCAGGAAUGCAUACAUUUUAAAAAAAGUACCAAAAGGUCCGUUGGGCAUAUUUACUUUACGCGACGGGACAUUUAUAAUACUACUUGCAAAUAACCCCAAAGACGUUUUUAUUUUCAAUUCCCUACACCGGCCUGCAAAAAAGCUCAGCAGCAGUUUAAUUCUACUGGAGUAUAAACACUACACUAUUAUCCUUCUGGCUGGGUAUAUUUGGUUUGCAACUUCUACAAAUAUCAAUUUCUCAACAAACUCUUGUAUUUUUUAAUACCUGACGUAGGAAAAUAUUGAUUUGUGGUCUUCUUUUUUCUGUUGUACCUGUACUACUAAUCAAAUAUGCUAACAGUAUAAAAUUAUUCGAGGUUGGCAUGAAAUUGCUUUUUGAUAUUCAAAGCAUAUUUCACACACUUGACUUGCAAAAUUUACCAUCUUAAUUUGCAAUUUUUUGCGAUGCUAGUUGGGAUAAUCUUGUAAAAAUGGCCGGAAGCUGAUCGUAAUUUAGUUACCUCUGUCGUCGUUUUUGUGCAACUUUCUUUAAAAAAUCAAACCCCGGGGAUCAAAAAAUUAAAGUCAAACAACGAGACUUCCUUCAUUAAUCUUGUCUACUCUUUCAUAUUAAAUUUUAAUACCACUUGCUCCAGAAAUUGAAUUGCGGAAUUAACUGACGUCAUAAAAUAUCAACACCAAUUUCUGUAUACGAAAGUGAGCUUGCCUCACUUUUAAGCGCGUCACUAUUUUGCUUAUCUAUCAAUUUUUCUUACCUGCUAUUAUCAAAUCUAUUUACCCAGUUUACCCCGUAAACGCUGUCACUUUUCCAUUUUUUUCAGACUCCGAUCGACGGAAGUUUGUCAAGCUGUCGUUGAAUUUCCUUAUCUGUGAGCUGAAAGAUCUUAACAAACAAGUCUUUUCAAAGUUGAAAAUGGAUUCCUCCUUCAAGAUUUCACACAACUUUCCCGACACAUUAGACAGCUAUAAGCCGCCUGUGAAUUCUGAAAACUUGUAUAAUCAUGGAGUCGCAGAAAAUGCCAUGAUGACUAGCGAUCACUCGAAUAUUACGUCAUCGUAUUUAUUUAUUGACGACAACGAAGCGCCCAGAGCAGUGGUCGAGGACCUAGAUAUGAACGAAAACUCAUUUUUGCAUAUUUCUAAGAACGAUAUCGGAGAUUACGAAAACGCGAAUGUUCUUCAAAAAUACCGGUCGAUCGACGAAGACAAAAGUAUUAACUCUUCUGUCUACUCUAUGAACCAUUCGUCCAAUUUAAUUCACCACAGCAAGAGUUUUGGUCAGGGUCAGUUUCCGGACUGGGACAACCAGCGAACGAUGCCAAGCAAAGGUCAAAGCACAUUCAUCAUCCGAGACCCGAACUAUCUGGACGGAUCCGAUUUCUCGACUUACAUAAACCGAAGUUGCAGCGACGAGGUCGUAACUACAGUCGCCAGCGCUGGGCUAAAUUGUCCAGGAGCUGACCCAGUCGCCAGGUCAUAUCAGGCGUCCAGACUUACAAGCCAGUUUGCGUCUUUGCAAUCCGGCGCCUCGUCCUUGGAAAAAACGUCAACGACUUCAGAGGGCUGUUUGAGCUCCAUUGAAAUAACACAACUUUCAGAUGACAUUUUGUCUCGUAUUUUUUCGUUUUGCUCCUGGCGGGACCUCCUAACUGUGGUAUCUCUUGUAUGCAAACGAUGGGCUUUCAUUAUCGAAAGUGAUCCUUAUUUGUGUCGCUUCCAAAACGUACAAAUCGACAUUUCAUCCUCAAAUUUAGAUCAUCAAAGGACGUUCAUUUCCAAACGCAACUGCCUCAGGACUGUAUCGCUACGCUUCAAAAACGACUUCGAGUACGCGAGUACUUACAAACUAGUGCUGGAGGACUUUCUCACUCUUCUCGGAAAACAAUGUCGCUACCUGGAGACCCUCAUCAUCAAAGAAUACGACUGGAGGCUGAUGAGUCAGCCGAUACCCUGGAUUCGGUGUGAACUAUUCCAGAAUUUAUGCCGGUUGCAUCUUGAGAACAUUUCUUUCCACAACUACCGCGAGACUUCAUUCCAGUCAGUAUCCUUUCUCUCCAACCUUCAGUUUUUGGUGCUGAUUGAACAAGCUAAACUUACCAAUGAGAACAAAGACGAAGUGGGCGCUCAGAAAGUGUCCACGUACAAGGGCUUCUUCGAGGCUCUGGAGGUGUUGAUUAGAGAGUUGGUGAAUUUGAAAGAGAUCACUGUCAAAGCUAAUUCAGACGGGGGUGUCACUGAAUCAAUUCUAAAAAACUUCGUUCGCAACGUGAUAGAGAGUGGCAAUCCUGUGGAGCGAGUGGACGUGAACAACAUAGACAAAUGGGUGUUGACGGUGCCUGGGUGUGAAAUGAUGCAGAUGGUCACACACCUCAAACACCUCUCAGUGCACACUCUCUCCAACAGAACCGACAUCAGGGUCCUGGACAACCUACUCAAUUUGUUCAACCGAGUGAAGUCGCUUCAAAUCAGCAUAGAUGACUCACUGGUCUACAAUGCAAGACUCAAUCUGGAGCAACAGACAUUUCCCAACGUAGAAACUCUGCACUUCUCGGCCAGUGGUUCGACCCUGUCGCUUGUCAAGUGUUUCCCUAAAGUGCGCCACCUCAAGUGUCUUCCCUACCUGGGCAACAGUCGACUAAUGAAGUCGCUAGCAUCCAAUCAGGACAGCCGGGUCAUCCUUAAGCACAUCCACAAGGCACUGAUCCAAUUCAACGUGGCUUUCUUCUCUGAGCUAGAGACUGUGCAACUGUCUCGCACAUAUCUCCUGCUCUACCGAUACUGCGAGAGAGUUCAUCCCAGGUACAUGCAUAGACUAAGAAGCAUGGUGUUCAUUAAUGACGUCAUUUACUUCACAUUCGUCGCCUUCUCGUCCCAUCUGCGACUACCAGACGGACCCGAACUGCUCAGUGCACUCCGCCGACGCUUCACUAACACUAACUUCUCCAUCCAGACACCCCCGAUGACCAGACAGUGUAGCUCUUCUAAUGAUUAACUCAUCUUCGCUUUACAAAAAAAUGCAGAAAAUUGAUUUUUAAAGUUUCUUCGAAUUAUCAUUUGUACCGUACGAUAUAGAA